UGCCUAGCAAGCGUUUCAGGAUCUCAGGCGGCAGGCGCUAUAACAUGCGGAGCAUAAGGAAAACCGGUGGUGCGGCCGCCGGCGUUGUGCCGGAACCUAUUGACGAUCGGUCGUUUCUGCCUCACGCUAGCUUUGAAGGAGAGAGUCUCACUCGUUUCCUCGAAUCGUUCCGCAGGGAGAUUGAAGCAGCGAGAGCGUUGAACGAAAACUUGCCGUACAAGAUUUGGAUAAAGAAACAUUUUGCAGUCGGAGUGAAUGAAGUCACGCGUGUGCUGGAGCGGAUGCCGCCCAAUUACGAGAGUAGAAUCUCUUCCGAAGAACAACUUCAGACGAAUUGUAAUGAUAGUAAACCCACUUGUGCCUACCUUCAGGCAAUAUUGAUGGCAUCUGAUUGCAAUCCUCGAUGGCUAACAAAACAUCUCCCCACAUUAGCUGCAUCCCGGAAUGUCCCAAUAAUCUCGGUGAAAGAUAGGAAAGAAGGCUCCUUAAGAUUAGGUGAGUUGAUAAAGCUCAAAACAACAAUUGCCAUAGGUGUAAAGGCUCAAGAAAUUUCUCUUAAUCGACUUAUAGAGGAGGUCCUUGCCAAUGACAAGAUAGACAGCAUCACCGCCUAGAGUCUGGUAUCUAUCAACAAUGUGUGCUUGUUGUGUUUUAGAAGUUUUUUCUUUUUUUUUCAAAUGUUAUGUUCUUAAAAAUUAUUUUACCGUAGAAUAUAGAACGAAUAGUACAAAAAUGAAUUUUUACGUGCAACAGUCUCUUUUCUUAGGAAUUUGUAGUAGCUUUGCUUGUUUGCAUUCCUUUGUAGUUUCUUUAGUCGGAUUCAGUUGCUGUAAAAGACCAAAACCGUAGGAAAGUGAUUGUUGUCUCGAUUCUUUUCUUGGAUAUACGAUGUCGAUAUCAAACAUGCUACUACUAUGUGGAAAUCAAGUUUGUCAUUUAACUGUA